AUGGUGGGUGGUGGUGUUGUAUGGGCGGUGUUAUUAUUCUCUCUGUGCACACCGCGGAGGAGCGCGGCGAUUUGGUUGAAUCUGCCGGCCACCGGCACCAAAUGCGUCUCCGAUGAGAUUCACAACAACGUCGUCGUUUUGGCGGACUACGUCGUCAUCCCCGACGAUCAUGUCCACCCCACUCCCACCAUUUCCGCUGAGGUGACUUCUCCGUAUGGAAAAACUCUGUAUCGGCAGGAAAACAUGACGCACGGUAAAUUUGCAUUCACGACUACUGAUGAUGGAAGCUACUCGGCUUGUUUCUGGGUCGAUGGCAAUUACUCGGGCUCGGGGGGAUUAAGCAUCAACAUGGAGUGGAAAACUGGUGUUGCAGCAAAGGACUGGGAUUCAGUUGCAAGAAAAGAAAAAAUCGAGGGUAUCGAGCUUGAGCUCAGAAAACUCGAAGAAGCAGUCGAGACGGUCCAUGAAAAUCUUCUCUACCUUAAGACCAGAGAGGCAGAGAUGAGGACGACGAACGAAGCUACAAAUCAUCGAGUUGCUCUCUACAGCCUCGUGUCACUCACAUUCUGCAUUGUCGUUUCAGCACUCCAGAUAUCGUACUUAAAGAGUUACUUCCAAAAGAAAAAGUUGAUUUAGAUGGAAUACUAUAGUAUUAGGCCAAUUGAGGUGUGUUUUGUCUAGUUUCUUUCAAUUUUACA